AUGACGUCGGUAGUAACAGAUACGCUGUCAGACAAUGAAUUUGAGGACGAACUCACGGAAAGUAUGCGGUCGUACAAUAAAGAGCAUGCAGAGAAGUUGGCUUUACAUAGAACGUCUAGUGUGAAACCAGAGCCGGAGAUUACAGCCUCACCCCACUCGCGGUUUUCUCGUUCUUUGAAGAUCGUGCUGAUAGCUCAAUGUGCUUUCACUGGGUUUUUCUCCACUAUAGCAGGUGCCAUUUACUAUCCCGUUCUGAGUGUCAUUGAAAGAAAAUUCGAAAUCGACGAACAAUCGGUUAACGUCACUGUUGUAGUGUACUUUGUGUUCCAGGGACUUGCCCCCACGUUCAUGGGCGGGUUUGCAGAUUCAUUAGGUAGGAGGCCUGUUGUGCUUAUCGCCAUUCUUGUUUAUUUCGGUGCAUGCAUUGGCCUGGCUUGUGCCCAGACAUAUGCUCAGAUUAUCGUGCUAAGAUGUCUACAAGCCGCAGGUAUUUCGCCCGUGAUAGCCAUUAAUAGCGGUAUCAUGGGCGACAUUACUACAAGAGCCGAGCGUGGCGGGUACGUUGGGUAUGUGGCUGGGUUCCAAGUGCUAGGUUCUGCAUUUGGUGCGCUUAUCGGUGCCGGAUUAUCGUCGAGGUGGGGCUGGAGAGCCAUUUUCUGGUUUCUAGCAAUUGGGUCGGGCGUUUGUCUCCUGGCAUCCUCUCUGAUAUUACCAGAAACGAAGAGAAACAUUUCGGGAAAUGGCUCUAUAACGCCAAAGUCAUACUUCAAUAAGGCGCCCAUCUUGGCUUUACGAGUGAUAAGAAAAACGCUUCAUUUGGAUAAUCCGGAUUACGAGACGUUGGAACAGCCUACACGACUGAACUUACUGGCGCCAUUUAAGAUUUUAAGAGCUUACGAAAUAUGCAUAUUGAUGCUAGUGGCUGGGUUACAAUUCGCCAUGUACACUACACACCUUACGGCACUAUCUACAGCUUUAAGCAAAGAAUAUAGCCUGAACGUGGCCCAAGUAGGGUUAUGCUACCUGCCCUCUGGAGUUUGUACUCUAAUCAGUAUUGUCACCGCCGGUAGGUAUUUGAAUUGGAAUUACAAGCACAAAUUGAGAGAAUAUCGAAGUUGGUUAGACCAAAAAAGAUCGGAGCUUUUAGAGGCACACGAUAACGAUCCGAACGUGGCACAACAAAUCAUAGAGGACGACCCCCAAUAUACUUUCAAUAUCUUUAAAGCAAGAUUACAACCUGCGUUUGUCACCUUGAUCUUAAGUAGUAGUGGAUUCUGUGCCUAUGGCUGGUGUAUUACCACCAAGGCCCCCUUAGCAGCCGUCUUGUGUAUGAGUGGGUUUGCAUCGCUCUUUUCUAAUUGCAUUUUGGCCUUUUCCACUACACUUAUUGUUGAUUUGUUCCCUUCAAAGACAUCCACUGCCACCGGAUGUUUGAACCUAUUUAGAUGCAUCUUGUCCGCUGUUUUCAUCGCUGCAUUGAGCAAGAUGGUGGAGAAAAUGAAAUACGGAGGCGUUUUCACAUUCCUAGGGGCUUUAACCUCCUCGUCAUCAAUUCUUUUAUUUAUUCUCUUAAGGAAGGGGAAAGAACUGGCCUUUGAGAGGAAAAGACAAGAACGAGAGACUACCAAAGAUGUCAAACUCGUUGAAUCAAAGGAAAACACAACGUCUGACCAUCUUGUCACUGAUGAAGAAGAAUGA